UUCCUGCAAAGACCAUUCUUAAGAGCCCGUUGGACAGCGCGGGGCUCUUGAAGUGAUAGCUAAUUGGUGAAAGAAAGGCCUCAAUUGUCUUGGUGGAGUUGGAAAGUGCUGCAUGGGCGGCUGAAAGGGAACAGGGAGAAGGUGCCUGGUUUCGCUGAGCAGCUGCUGCCGGAGAUGUUUGGAGAUUACGUCAGCAUUGGAGAAAAGGGGCAAAAAAAAAAAAUAAGAGCCCAACUUCACAGAGACGGAGUUUAUGGAGGUUUUUUUCCCCCCCUCAAAGGUCUCUGACAAUACUGUCAUUGUCGAUAUAAAGAGUUGUUAAUUCUUUAUGAAUAGCACAUGGGGCCUCUUGACUAAAAAGUACGUUACAUGUCCCAAAUCUGUCAGCUGGAGUCUUCUCUCUCACAUGCUAGUGAGAUCACUUUGAUUGGAAUGCAAGAAGAAUUGCUAGUCUGGGGAGGCAGCUCUGAGCACUGCAUUAUAUAAUUAGAUCUCCCAGUGUAUCUUUUCUUUUUCACAUUACCUCAUUAUUUGAGUUUAAAUAUGGAAUCGGACGCUUUGAUGAUUUUAAUGGUCAUAAUUAUAUUAUCACGACUCAUUUUAUGGUCCUGCCUCAGGACUUACGUCUAUUACAGGCUGUCCCGGAAACAACCUAGCAAACAGAAACAGGACUAAAAGUCUUGACAGAGUCAGAGAUGGAGAAUCCUGACAAGAAUAGUGUUGCCAGAUUUUGGUGUGGAGACUACAGGGCACCAGCUACAGCCUGGUUUCACCCACCCUCUGUGAAGAGGAGGGAGUUGUGUCACUCAAA